GGGUUGGGCUAGAUGACCUCCAAGAUCUCUCCCAGUCCCAGCUCUAUUCAGAAUCCGCUCCAGAGGCUUUCCCCCAUGAGUGACACAUGCCUAGCACGGAUCCGGAGGUCUGUCCCAUGGCAAUAGACAGACAGAUAGAACGGCACACAACUUCCGGAACUGAUGUGAAGGAAAAGUGAACGUUUUCCUUCGAGGCAGAGCGGCCUUCCCUUCCUUUACGCCUGCGCAGCAAAUUGGAACCCGGAAGUAGUCUCCCCAAAUGCCCUUUCCCUCUAUUUUCACACCUUUACGUUGCUAUAGAAACUUCCGGUCGGUCCUUCAUUCCUCCUUCGCCCUGCGCAAGGGCCUGACCAGCGAGAUGCGACGAAUCGGACAGGGGCUUCCCCCGAAGGGCGGCCGCGCUUCUGCGCAGGCGCAAGCCCCGGAGCCCUAUAAGUGACUUGCCGGGUCUCCGCCCGUCCCCCCCCGUGUUGGCGAGUUGGUCGGUCCCGCCGAACGUCUCCGACUCGGCCUCCGGGCCGCAACCAUGUCUUCGGCGGGGGUGGAGAAGCGGAAGCGGGUGAACCUGAGCGUGAAGCAGAAGCUGGAGCUGAUCGAGAAGCUGGAGUCCGGCUGGUCGGUGGCGCGGGCGUGCGAGGAGUACGGCGUGAAGAAGCAGACGGUGUCGGACAUCCGCAAAGCCAAGGAGAAGCUGAAGAGGUUCGUGCUGAUGUGCGACGUCGACUCGACCGGCGGCGCGGCGGAGAUCGGCUCCCGGAAGCACAUGAAGAUGUCCCAGGAGGCUUCCCUGGAAGAGGCCGUGCUCCGGUGGUACGUGGAGCAGCGGGCCGGAGGAGCCAAGGUGCGCCGGGUCGACCUCAAAGCGGCCGCCAACGCCAUCGCCGCCGACACCAAGCUCAACUUCAAGGCCAGCGACGGCUGGAUCUGGCGCUUCUACAAGCGCCACGGCAUCGACCACAAGCGAGCCUGCGCCGGGGAGGCCAACGCCGCCUCCGCCCCCGCCGCUGCCGAGGAAGAAGAGGACGAGGAGGAG